AAAAAAAGAAAAAAGAAAAAAAGACUGCACACACACCAAUCAUAACCUUGUAAGUGCAGUUAGCUCAGUAAGUACAAUAUUUCCAAAAAGACAACUAUGGGGAGAAAAACAUGAAGAUAACGACCAGCUCAGACCCAGCUGGGGCUUGUGACCACGCCUACCUGCUCCUGUGUGUCCCAGGCCUUAGGCAAGUCACCCAUCGUCACCCCAUUUCCUGUCUAAGCUGGGAAUAGUUACGCUGCCUUCUCAGUUGUGGGGACCUAGAAGGCAGCGAUGGGCUUCUGUCCCUAGGUUGCAGCCCGAAGCUGGCAUGUAGUAGGAUUAGGUCUGUGUCCAGCUGCCACACACACUACCUUACCAGGUGGCCUCAGGAGGCAGGAAAGGGUGAUGGACCCAUUUCACAGGGGGAAGAACCGAGGCAAAGUAAGGCAGUAGAGACUCAUGCUUCUGCUUUAGUAGCUCCUGCCGUGGGCUUGACAUGGGAACUCCUCCCACAAGCUCUGCCCCUGCUGUCCUGGGGCACUGUUAGCCUAUGGAAUCCAUCUCUCCUCUUGGCCUGGUUCUCAGCAACCCUGGGAACUUUUAGAGCCUCUGGUUUAUGCUAACUGAGGUUGGGUAGCUGCUGGCCAGAGCCCUAGAGAGAGAGUGUAUCAGUUAGUGCUGGGUAACAGCCCCGAAUGCAUGGCUUCACAUUUCCUUAGUAUUAAAGGGCCUAUGGCCUGGCCAGGCAGUACUGCUCUCAGUGUUGGGCCUGGCACGUCCUGGCUGGGCUCACUCACACAUCUGUGGGCAGCUGGGAGCUUGGCUGGGAACUAGCUAAGCUAGUUGGCCUCAGCUCGGGUGACCCAGGCUCCAUACGCCCUCUUGCCUUCCAGUAAAGCAGCCCAGCUCGUCGUUCUCAUGCUGUAGCAGGAGCCAGAGAAAGCAGGCAGAGGCCCGCAUGUCCCUGGAGGCCUAAGCUUAGAGCCAGCAAUGUCACUGCUGUCACCUUUUAUUGGCUACAGCAAGUCAUAAGACAGGCUCAGAUUGAAGGAUGGGGAAGUAGACUCCACUUCUAGAUAAGAGCUGGGACAAAGUCAUAGAGCAAAGGGCAUGGUGAUUCAGGGAGGAAUGGGGCAUCGGGGUCAUUUUUGUAAUUGGUCUACCACAGAGGGGAGCCCCCCUUUGAGAAGGUCAGUGGUUGGGCCUUGGUGCUUAGGGAGCCACGAACCAACCUGCUAGAUGGGGCCUUCAGGGGGGCAGCCAGAUGUCAGUUUAGCCUCAGGACUCACUCAGCCUCCUGCAAGCCCAUGUCUUGGGCAACAUCGCAUCCCCAGCUGCCUGCACAGAGUGGCUCUUCCAGAAAGUUUGUUGAAUGACUGAGUGACCUAAGUCAGCUCCAGUGCCAGGCAGCCCAGAGGGACCAUCCCAGAGCCUCCUUCUUGGGGUGCAAGCCCAGCUGGGCUUGGAGUUGGGGGUGUCUGCACUUGUGGGAGCCUCCCAUGCCUGCCGGGAGCCUGAAGAGGCAGAGACCUCCUACCUCGCCCCCUCCGUGGGGACCCUUUUCCCCACACUUCUUGGUUCCUGUCGGAGCCAAGAUGUGUCGCCAUGGAAACUGCUUGGCAAACGCUGGCAGGCAGAGGCGGCCAACAGCAGCUUUCCUAAUCGAGCUCCGGGCGCCGGCUGGAGCUCAGGACAGUGGUGUGAGCAAGCACACCUGGCUGUGGGUGUGACACGCGUGGGGACAGAAGCCAGGUGGCUGCAGGAGGGCGUGCGGGGAGGUUGGGGCGCUCCGGCGUGCGUGCUGCCACGUGUGUGCGUGUGUGCAUGUGCGUGUGGGUGUGUGCAUGCCUGUGCGUGUACCAACGGUGCAGCCGCAUCAGGGCGUGUGUGCUCUGAGUGUGAUGGCCGCGUGGGCCGGUGCAGGGGGUUUGCAGGCAGGGGGGUGUCCGAGUGUCGCCGUGACCUGCAGCAGCACAGCUGCCUGGAUUGAGCACCCACUGUCGGCUGGACAUUGCACCAGGUGCUGACAGGACUGGCAGAGGUGGCUGCUGCCCUCGUCCCCAGCCUGCAGUCCUGGGCGAAGGCCGACGCUGAACAGGGUGCCGAGGACCCAGAAGUACCCAUGCCUGAGGACAUCCAGGACCAGGCAGAGCUGAGCCUUGUGGGCCCUCGGACCAGCGUUCGUCUGCGGGGAGGCCCUGGUAGCCGCUGUGAUCAGCCCCAGGGAAGAUUCUGGAGGAGAUUGUGGCCAUCCCCGGGGUGGCCCAUGGGCAGCAGCAGGAGCUCCCAGGAGUGGCCAGGCCCUGCCCACCCACCAUGCUGCAGUGCAGACCGGCACAGGAGUUCAGCUUCGGGCCCCGGGCCCUGAAGGACGCCCUGGUCUCCACCGACGCUGCCCUGCAGCAGCUGUAUGCCUCCGCCUUCUCCCCUGUUGAGCGGCUCUUCCUGGCCGAGGCCUAUAACCCGCAGAGGACACUCUUCUGCACCCUGCUUAUCCGCACAGCCUUCGACUGGCUCCUGAGCCGCCCUGAGCCCCCCGAGGACUUCCAGACCUUCCACGCCUCCCUGCAGCACCGGAGGCCCAGCCUGGCUCGGAAGCACAUCUACCUACAGCCAAUAGACCUGAGUGAGGAGCCGGUGGGAAGCUCCCUGCUGCACCAGCUGCGCAGCUGCACGGAGGCCUUCUUCCUGGGCCUGCAUGUCAAGUGCCUGCCCUCAGUGGCGGCCACGUCCAUCCGCUGCUCCUCGCGCCCCAGCCGGGACUCUGACAGACUCCAGCUCCACACAGACGGCAUCCUGUCCUUCCUGAAGAACAACAAGCCCGGAGACGCGCUGUGCGUGCUGGGCCUCACACUGUCUGACCUGUACCCGCAUGAGGCCUGGAGCUUCACCUUCAGCAAGUUCCUUCCAGGGCACGAAGUGGGCGUCUGCAGCUUCGCCCGGUUCUCGGGGGAAUUCCCAAAGUCGGGGCCCAGUGCCCCUGAUCUGGCCCUGGGAGAGGUGGUGACAGACAGCCCGGAGGCCCCCCUGCAGGACAGAGGCUGGGCCAUGUGCUUCAGCGCCCUGGGGAUGGUUCAGUGCUGCAAGGUCACGUGCCACGAGCUCUGCCACCUCCUGGGCCUGGGGAACUGCCGCUGGCUCCGCUGCCUCAUGCAGGGUGCACUCAGCCUGGACGAGGCCCUGCGGCGGCCCCUGGACCUCUGUCCCAUCUGCCUGCGGAAGCUGCAGCACGUCCUGGGCUUCAGGCUCAUCGAGAGGUACCAGAGACUCUACACCUGGACUCAGGCAGUGGCAGGGACGUGGCCCAGCCAGGACGCAGGGGAGCCAUCAGGGUGGGAGGACACCCCGCCCGUCAGCACCGACUCAGGCAUGUGCUGCGAGAGUGACUCAGAGCCCGGCACCAGCAUGUCGGAGCCCCUCACCCCUGACGCCUGGAGUCAUGCCUUCUCCUCAGGGCUGGAGCCAGAGGACGGGUUGAGCUCCCUGGAGGCCUCCGAGGCUCCGCCUUCACUUGGGGGCCCGGUGGAGGCCAUCAAGAAGCAUGAACGGUGGCUGGCCAAGUGCAUCCAGGCCCUGCAGCGGGAAGGGGCAGAGGAGGAGCUGGCGCAGGUGGACAGAGCUGUGGAUGCCCUCGACCGCUGGGAGAUGUUCACUGGCCAGCUCCCAGCCACCAGGCAGGAACUUCCCUGUGGCAGGGACAGUGCGGGGCUGCGUAAGGUCCUAGGGGACAAGUUCUCCUCCCUGAGGAGGAAGCUGAGUGCCCGAAAACUCUCCAGAGCAGAGUCGGCCCCCUGUUCCUGGGACAGUGAAGAGAAUUAACACCGGGGGGCCGCCCUGCCUCUCCUUCCCUAGGAUGCUGGCCAGCACUGUCCAGUAGCUGCCAGGGAUUCAGAGGAAGGGUCUAGCGGGGUAGUGGCUCAGGCCUGUCAUCCCAGCACUGUGGGAGGCCAAGGCAGGGGGACUGCUUGAGGCCAGGACUUUGAGACCAGCCUGGGCAACACAGUGAGAUUCUGCCACUACAAAA